GUUAUUCUUUUUUUCCAGCUCUUAAAAAAAAAAAUGGCCACAAGGAAAAAGUCUCUCUUAAAAGUCAUCAUUUUGGGUGACAGCAGCGUUGGCAAGACAUCGCUUAUGAAUCAAUAUGUGAACAAGCGUUUCUCAAAUCAAUACAAAGCAACCAUUGGAGCUGACUUCCUAACAAAAGAAAUUGUUGUAGAUGAUCGUGUUGUCACAAUGCAGAUUUGGGAUACUGCUGGACAGGAACGUUUUCAGUCUUUGGGUGUUGCCUUCUAUCGUGGAGCUGAUUGUUGUGUUCUCGUUUAUGAUGUCACUGUUCCAAAUACGUUCAAAAAUCUCGACUCGUGGCGAGAUGAGUUCUUAAUUCAAGCCAGUCCACGUAAUCCUGAGCAUUUUCCAUUUGUUGUGUUAGGUAAUAAAGUGGAUUUGGAUGCACGUCAAACGCCAAACAGACGCGCUCAACAGUGGUGUCAGUCAAAGAAUGAUAUACCAUAUUUCGAGACAUCAGCGAAGGAAGGAGUUAAUGUUGAAUUAGCCUUUCAAACAAUCGCCAAAAACGCUCUUGCUCAGGAAGUUGGGAGGGACGAAAUCUACAAUCAUUUCCCCGACCAGAUUCGCCUUGAUGGCGACAGAAAUAAUCGAAACCGAAAUUCAGACAAUUGUCAAUGCUAAUAAACUCAUUGGAAAAAAAAAUAUUCAUGCGACUAAAAAUAAUUAAUUCUAUUAUUAUAUGAUUAUAAUGAUUUAUAAAUAAAACAAGUAAGAAUUAUAUUAAGUAAAUAAUUAAAAAUAAAAUAAAA